AUGCCUCCCAAGAAGGACUCGACUACCUCCGCUGCCGGCGAUGCCACCACACAUGAACCUCCUCACGCUCUACCUGCAGACUUGCCCCCGUCGGCCAAGACCCAGGGCGACUGGGCCAAGGUCGCCGAAAAGGCCGGCCUCAAGGACGAGAAGUCGGCUCGCGAGUCGUUCCGCCAGCUCUGCAAGAAGCACGGAUGGUACGAAGCCGCUCCUGGCAGCGGUGACCAGGCUGGCGCUGGUGCCACGCCCGCAAAAGCUCCUCGCAAGCGCGCCACGCCCAAGAGCAAGAAGGCAGUCUCCGCCGACGGCGAUGGCGAUGGCGUGACCGCAGAGCAGACGCCCACCAAGAAGCAGAAGCAGGCGGUUGUGGAUCAGGAGGAUGCCGACGAUGACAUGAAUGAGCUCUUCGACGUCACCGGUGCUUCGUACGCUUGA